AUGUCGUUUCACUCCAACUCCAAAACCAACCCUAGUUUCUCUCCUCCGCCACCGUUAAAGCCCUGGCUCAACUCCCCCGCCGCUGCCCAACCCCUCAACCCUAUGGUCCUCGCCAUGCACCUCUCCGACCCCAAAUCCAAAACCCUAAUCCCCAAUUCUACGCUUAUAUUAAUGGACCGAACCCUCCUCCUCUCCGACCAGCUUCUCAUUAGAAUCUUCGAGAAGCUUCCAGAUUCGCAGCGAAACUCUAAUUCUCUCGUCUGUAAGCGCUGGCUGAACCUCCAGGGUCGGUUGUUCCGAACCUUGCGCCUCCUCGACUGGAACUUUGUUCUCUCGGGUCGGUUGACCCACCGCUUCCCGAACCUGAACCAUGUCGAUUUGGUUCCGGGUUCGUUCGCUUCACCGCAAAACUCAACCACCAUUGUACUUAGUCACAAGCAGGUUUCGCUGGGCGUGGACUCCACGUGGCGCGUGGGAAGCCUAUUACCUGCUGAGGCCGUUGACGCCGGUCUCAGAUCGCUCGCCGGUGGCUGCCCCAAUCUACGGAAGCUCGAGGUUGCCGGUGCCAGCGAGGCCGGGAUCUCGACCGUCGGUUCCGAGUGCCUGACGCUGCAGGAGCUCGAGCUGCAGCGGUGCGAUGAUGCCGUUUUGCGCGGCGUCGCGGCGUGUCGGAAUUUGCAGAUUUUGAAACUGGUUGGGAGUUUGAAAGGGUUCUAUGAUUCCGUGGUUUCGGAUAUCGGGUUCACGAUUUUGGCGCAGGGGUGUAGAAGGCUAGUGAAAUUGGAGCUUGUUGGGUGUGAGGGGAGCUUCGAUGGGGUUAAGGCGAUUGGGCAGUGUUGUGUGAUGUUGGAGGAGUUGGUGAUUGUGGAUCAUAGGAUGGACGAUGGGUGGCUCGCGGGGGUUUCAUUUUGCGAAAAUUUAAAGACUUUGAGGGUUCAGUCUUGUAAGGUGAUUGAUGGGAACCCUGGGUUGGAGGAGCAUUUGGGGUGCUGUGAGGCCCUUGAAAGGUUGCAUUUGCAGAAGUGCCAGCUGAGGGAUAAGAAUGGCGUCGGAGCGUUGUUUUCGGUGUGUAGAAAUGCCAGGGAGAUUGUUCUUCAGGACUGCUGGGGAUUGGAUAAUGCCACCUUAAGUUUGGCUAUUGUUUGCAGGCGGGUGAAAUUGUUUUACGUUGAAGGAUGCUCGUUGCUUACAACAGAAGGUUUGGAGUCCUUAAUUGAGCAGUGGAAGGAGCUAGAGUGCCUUAGGGUAGAGUCAUGUAAAAAUAUAAAGGAUAGCGAUAUCUCUCCUGAACUUGCAACCUUGUUUUCUACUCUCAAAGAGUUGAAAUGGAGGCCAGAUACAAAAUACCUUUUCCCUUCUGAUAUGGGCAUAGGCAUGGGAAAGAAAGGUGGUAAAUUUUUCAAGAGAAUAUGA